GAUAAUUAGAUGACAGAAUGUGAUAAUUAGAUGACAGAAUGUGAUAAUUAGAUGACAGAAUGUGAUAAUUAGAUUACAGAAUGUGUGUGUGAUGUUCCGGCAGAGACACAUAGGGCCUAUUACAUUUAGUCACAUGAUAAUGGAGUCAGAUUGAUAAAUACAUUUAGUUAUUCAUCAUAGUUCUAACUAACUACACUAUUUCAGAUGUUAACAUAUUUAACAAUGCUCAGUACAGUGUGUCUGCUUUUAACACAUCACUAAGGACUACCUUCAAUCAAACCUCCACAACACAAACCACCUAGUUUCUGAACAACCACAAGCUCUUCUAUAGAACAUGCUUUGUGGGGGAAGGGGAGUUUAGUAAGCCACGGUCUAUGUCCUACUCUGAGAGAGCACCUAUUUACUUCCUGAAAGGCAUACUAUUUGUAGUUUACCACCACACGGACUCAUCAUUUCGAUAGAGACAGGAAGUCUAACUUAAUCUAUAUUUUGAAAUGAAAACUCUGUUUCUGCUACACAUCUGUUGGCUGGAAAUCAUCACAGGAAUCAGGGCAGAACCUUCAGUGGACCAGUAUGGGUUGAAGGGGGGUUCAAUAUGUCUGGCUGUUGCAGAACCUGAGAUUCUCAAGGGACUUAAAUGGAAGACGGGCAGUGAUAUAAUAGUUGAUGAUAAAGAGAUCUCUCCUAAAUACAAGGAAAAGGUGGAUUAUAACUCUGUGAACCAUUCUCUGUGUAUAAAGAAUCUGUUGAAGACAGACAGUACAAUGUACACUGGAAGUGCAAUUAAUCAGAGAGACUGGACAUUUUCAACUAUCACAUACAGACUAAAAGUGCUGGAUCAUGUUCCCAAACCAGUCAUGGAUGUCACAUCUCUCUUCAACACAAGUGUGGGACUCUGUGACGUCACAGUGAACUGUUCAGUUAAAGAUGGCUGGAUAUUGUCUGUCUGUGACAGCGGUCAGUGUACACUGUCACAACAGUUAAUGUCUCUGUCUGGGGUCAACAUCAUCAUCUCCAAUGGCAACGGGACUAUCCAAUGCACCGGCAGCAACCACGUCAGCACACAGACCAUCUCUCAACCCAUGGAGGACAUAUGUAUUGGUGAGAAGGACGGCAAAGCUUCAGCAUUAUCAGUCAGGACCGUUGCUGUUCUAUCAGUGAUUGUCUGUGUUGGAUUGGCAGUUACCAUAAUGGCCAUCAUCAAGGUCCAGAGAUGGAUAUCCUCAAAAGAAGAUGAUUCAACUCAGCAGGUUGAACCACUGGGCCCUCCUGAGGUACAAACACUUUACAGCAAUGUGCAGAAACCAGGACAGCAACACUGAAUGGACUUCACCCAAUUGACCAGCAUUUUGUAUGGUAGACUGUAAUAUCAUGGGACAAAAAUGUAACACAUAUUUAAUUUAGUAUUAUCUGCAGUGUAUAUUUGCUUAAAGGGAGAGCCGUGUCGGGUCGACUUCCACAACAACUAAGAGCAUUGAAGCAUGAGGUUAAACUCUGCAUGUUCUGAUGUGAAGCACACCCUACACAUGAACAGAUACUCUGUGAGUUCAACGUCUUGCUCCGCGCUUAUCUACACAUUCUGUGGUUCAUUCUGCUGGUCGUGGCAACGUCAUAUCGCUAUGUCUCAGUUUAAAUGCAACUUGUGUUUUUUGAAUGUAGGGUCUGAUAGCUCUGCUAGACAACAUGUUUACCCAGCAGGGAACUCAUGUGUCCAGAAUGUAUCAUCUAUGAUCUAUCCAGGCUUCUCUGUGGUUUAAACAUUAUCAGGCCCACCGAUCAGUCCACAGCAAUGCACAUGUGUGUGUAAUGUAAGUAUGUUGAGCUCUUUGAUGAGGAGAAAUAUUCCCGCCAUGUUGAUUGAAUGUUAGAGCACUAGAAACAAGGACAUAUUUUCAUAAUAUUCAGGGCAUUCGGAAAGUUUUCAGACCCCUUGACUUUUUCUACAUUUUGUUACGUUAUUCUAAAAUAGAUUAAAUUAUUUUUUUCGUCAACAAUCUACGCACAAUACCCCAUAAUGACAAAGUUAGACAUUUUUGCAAAUGUAUUAAAAAACUGAAAUAUCUUAUUUAAAUAAGUAUUCAGACCCUUUUCUAUGAGACUUGAAAUUGAGCUCAGGUGAAUCCUGUUUCCAUUGAUCAUGUAGAUGUUUCUCCAACUGGAUUGGUGUCCACUUGUGGUAAAUUAAAUUGAUUGGACAUGAUUUGGAAAGGCACACCUGUAUAUUUAAGGUCCCACAUUUGACAGUGCAUGUAAGAGCAAAAUCCAAGCAAUGAGAUCAAAGGAAUUGUCUGUAGAGCUCAGAAACAGGAUCGUGUCAAGGCACAGAUCUGGGGAAGGGUACCAAAAAAUGUCUGCAGCAUUAAUGGUCCCCAAGAACACAGUGAACUCCAUGAUUCUUAAAUGGAAGAAGUUUGGAACAACAAACACUCUUCCUAGAGAUGGUCGCCCGGCCAAACACAGCAAUCGGGGGAGAUGUGCCUUGGUCAGGGAUGUGACCAAGAACCUGAUGGUCACUCUAACAGAGCUCCAGAGUUUAUCUUUGGAGAAGGGAGAACCUUCCAGAAGGAACAACUAUCUCUGCAGCACUCCACCAAUCAGGCCUUUAUGGUAGAGUGGCCAGACGGAAGCCACUCCUCAGUAAAAGGCACAUGACAGCCUGCUUGGAGUUAGCCAAAAGGCACAGAAAGGACUCUCAGACCAUGAGAAACAAGAUUAUCUGGUCUGAUGAAACCAAGAUUGAACUCUUUGGCCUGAAUGCCAAGCAUCACGUCUGGAGGAAACCUGGCACCAUCCCUACGGUGAAGCAUGGUGUUGGCAGCAUCAUGCUGUGGGAAUGUUUUUCAGCGGCAUGGGCUGGGAGACUAGUCAGGAUUGAGGCAAAGAUGAACGGAGUAAAGUACAGAGAUAUCGCUGAUGACAACCUGCUCCAGUGCGCUCAGGACCUCAGACUGGGGUGAAGAUCUAACAUCUCUGGAGAGACCUGAAAAUGGCUGUGCAGCGAUGCUCCCCAUCCAACCUGACAGAGCUUGAGAGGAUCUGCAGAGAAGAAUGGUAAAAAAUUACCAAAUGCAAGUGUUUUAAGCUUGUAGCGUCAAACCCAAGAAGUCACUUUACAAGUUACCUUGACUAACGUGUAACCCUGGACAUUGACUCGGUACUGGUACCCCCUGUAUAUAGCCUUGUGAUUGUUAUGUCAUUUUCUUGGGUUAUUUUUUUAAAUUUAGUAAAUCUUUUCUCAACUCUAUUUCUUGAACUGCAUUGUUGGUUAAGCAUUUCACGGUAAGGUCUGUUGUUUUCGGCCCAUGUGACAAAUUCAUAUUGAUUUGACCUGAGGCUGUAAUCACUGCCUAAGAUGCUUCAACAAAGUACUGGGUAAAGGGUCUGAAUACUUUUGUAUAUGUGAUAUUUCAGUUUUUAAAACUAUUUGAUCAAUUUUAGAAUAAGGCUGUGACGUAACAAAAUGUGGGGUCUGAAUACUUUCCGAAUGCACCGUAUGCUCAAAACAAUAUCUGGGGGGAAUACAAUAAACAUUUAGCUGAAAACUGGAUUCUUGAUGGAGUACACUUGAUACCUGUUAGUCUAGCAGACCCUGUUGUUCAUCUAAGAUCAAUAAUACAGCUAGUCUACCAGACCCUGUUGUUCAUCUAGGAUUAAUACAGCUAGUCUACCAGACCCUGUUGUUCAUCUCAGAUUAAUAUUUCAGCUAGUCUACCAGACCCUGUUGUUCAUCUAAGAUGGAUAAUACAGCUGGUCUACCAGACCCUGUUGUUCAUCUAAGAUGGAUAAUACAGCUGGUCUACCAGACCCUGUUGUUCAUCUAAGAUGGAUAAUACAGCUGGUCUACCAGACCCUGUUGUUCAUCUAAGAUGGAUAAUACAGCUGGUCUACCAGACCCUGUUGUUCAUCUCAGAUUAAUACAGUUAGUCUACCAGACCCUGUUGUUCAUCUCAGAUUAAUAUUACAGCUAGUCUACCAGACCCUGUUGUUCAUCUAAGAUGGAUAAUACAGCUGGUCUACCAGACCCUGUUGUUCAUCUCAGAUUAAUACAGCUGGUCUACCAGACCCUGUUGUUCAUCUAAGAUGGAUAAUACAGCUGGUCUACCAGACCCUGUUGUUCAUCUCAGAUUAAUACAGCUGGUCUACCAGACCCUGUUGUUCAUCUCAGAUUAAUAAUACAGCUAGUCUACCAGACCCUGUUGUUCAUCUAGGAUUAAUACAGCUAGUCUACCAGACCCUGUUGUUCAUCUCAGAUUAAUAAUACAGCUAGUCUACCAGACCCUGUUGUUCAUCUCAGAUUAAUAAUACAGCUAGUCUACCAGACCCUGUUGUUCAUCUCAGAUUAAUAAUACAGCUAGUCUACCAGACCCUGUUGUUCAUCUAGGAUUAAUAAUACAGCUGGUCUACCAGACCCUGUUGUUCAUCUCAGAUUAAUAAUACAGCUGGUCUACCAGACCCUGUUGUUCAUCUCAGAUUAAUAAUACAGCUAGUCUACCAGACGCUGUUGUUCAUCUCAGAUUAAUAAUACAGCUAGUCUACCAGACCCUGUUGUUCAUCUAGGAUUAAUACAGCUAGUCUACCAGACCCUGUUGUUCAUCUCAGAUUAAUAAUACAGCUAGU